CCUCAAAGAAACAACGCUGUGUUUCUUGCAUUUGCCACAUUGGUGACCCCGACAAUGUUUCACACAGAAGAGGAAGCUGUGUCUUCAUCGGCCAUGUCGCCCCAACUCCAGCAACCUGCAUCCCCCGCGGGGACAAAGCUUCCGGAGUUCUGGCAGAGCGACCCGGCAUCAUGGUUCCAGCACAUCGAGGCACUCAAGAAUCUUCUGCUUCGGAGAUUUACUCUAACUGACGCUGAGAGGGCAGAUAAACUUCUUUCCCUGCCCGGUUUGGGCGAUAGCACCGCCUUGGAUCUAAUGGACAGUAUGCUGUCGCUGCUGGGCUCCGAGGAGGGCGGGUUCAUUUUCCCGCAUCUUUUCUUGCGGCAGCUACCCCCUGCGGCCCGUGCGGUGUUGGCUAACUCCGCUUCUCUGGCCUCCGGCGACUACCGGGGCUUGGCUGAAGAAGCUGACCGGGUGCUUCUGGCUUCCAGACGGUUUGCCGUGCAGAGCGUAGAAGCGCCCCCUCUGCAGACGAUGGAGAACGCGGACCCAGCGGUAGUGGCGGGAGUCGCUACCCGGAAAAGGCGCGAAGCGAGCCAGUGCUUCUUCCAUCAACGUUUUGGCGCCAAAGCUCGACGGUGUGUCCCUCCAUGCUCCUUCACGGCCCCGGGAAACUCCAACGCCAGCGUUCAGUAGCAGCUGUGGGCGCCGGCGAAGCAAGUGAGCUGCUCUUCAUCGCUGACUUGUCGUCAAGGAGACGUUUCCUGGUGGACUCCGGUUCGCAAGUCAGCCUGUUACCUGCCACGGACGCGGACAGGGCGACAGGUGGCUGCGGGCCGCUGCUGAAUGCUGCCAACGGCUCGUCGAUCGACACUUUCGGCUCCAGGUGAAGAGAUACUGCCGGGCCAAGUCCCCCGCCGAGGUCGCCCCCCAAAAUCUGUUCGGGUUGAAUGUCUUUCGCCUCUCCCGGACCCUGAUGUUUGUUCUGCUCCACAAGGCACACCCGCUUCGCGGGAUGGACAUUGUAGCCGUUACGGCAGGCGAGUGAGGCCCCCUGACAGGUUUUCUUUUUCCCCAUAACUUGCUGCCUGGGUGCUCACACUCAGCAG